AAGCACGAUCACGUGACCCCCUCGCUUCCUAUUUGCCAGCUGUACUUGGUGCACCUUUGUGAGUCAGUUUUCAGUAUAUCGUCAUGCCGUGGGACAGUAGUGAGGAUGGCGGCCGGCUUCCUCCUGCUGUUCCUGGGUGUCUUCUGCUUUGGUUCGGGGUAUUGCUGGGAGCUGUCCGCCCUACCCUGCAGCUUUUACUCCUUCUGCGAGUGCGGCUUCCACAUAGACUCUAAAGCAUUAGAUUGUGAUCUCACCUCUAACGUGUUUGGGCAGCACCUGGCAAAGGAGCUUGUGGUGAAGGCCCUGAAACAGUUUGUGGAGAGCGACAACCCCAGGAAGCCUCUUGUGUUAUCUUUCCAUGGCUGGAGCGGCACUGGUAAAACCUUUGUGAGUUCCCUGCUGGUAAAACAUCUGUACAAAGAAGGAAACCGGAGCCCAUAUGUUCAUCAGUUCUCUCCUAUUCUACACUUCCCACAUGCUCAGUAUGUGGAUCAGUACAAGGAGAACCUGAAACUGUGGAUCCAGGGUAACAUCACUGCCUGCAGCCGAUCCAUAUUUCUGUUUGAGGAGAUGGAUAAGAUGCACCCAGGGCUGAUUGAUGUCAUUGUCCCGUUCCUGGGCUCCUCCUGGGUGGUCUUUGGUUCAAACUACAAGAAGGCCAUAUUUAUCUUCAUAAGUAAUUCUGGAGGAGAAGCUAUUAAUCAGGUAGCACUGAAUUUCUGGAGAGAGCGCAAAGACAGAGAGGAAAUCCAGCUGAGUGAUGUGGAAUCUGCCAUCUGUAACACUGUGAUCUCUAACUCUCAGCAUGGCUUCUGGCAAUCUGAGAUCAUUAAGCAGAACCUCGUAGAUGUCUUUGUGCCUUUCCUGCCGCUGCGUCCCAACCACGUCAGGCAAUGCGUGCGAAGUGAGAUGGAGCAGGUGGGAUUGGCGGCUGAUGAAGAUACUGUCCGCUCUGUAACAGACAGUCUGGUUUACUUCCCCGAAGAUGAAAAAGUAUUCUCAUGGACAGGCUGCAAAACGGUGCCAUCACGGAUCAACUAUUACUUGUGAGCUGCUACUCUGGGUGCGAUUAAUAGAGACUUAAACUUUUAAAGAAUAGACAAGUGUUUCAUUCCCAGAACAACCUCAGGUUUACUACCUCUCUCCAGCUAUGUCCUAUGUCCUUAUGGGAACAAUGUGAGCAGCUGGCCAUUGUUUACACAGAAGAUGUGGUUUAUUACGGACUGGUUCUUGCUAAGUACAAAGUACGCAUUGGUAUGAUGAUGCAAAUUACCUGUCUGCUAACACACUGAGGUGGUAAAAGGGAAGACUUUGAGAAUCGGUGUAUUUUAUUGUAUUUGCUCCGUAGAGAGCGGACUAUACCCAGGAGAGGCUGCGAUUACCCUCAGGGUCUACUUGCACUUUAAAGGUUUAAUUUUAGAUUUUACUUUGUUUGUUUAGAUGUUUUAGACCUACUAAAUUAAACCCACCGGCUGUACCCAGUUCUUGAAAUUUCAAGUUCAGUAACCUGGUGGAAAGCAGUGGAUUUGGGCGAGAAGAUAUUUUGACUUCUAUGGUGGUUUAGGUUCCAUCUGGAAAAGUAUUGCUGUAAUGUCCUUACUCCAUGGGGAAGAUGUACAAAGCCUUGGAGAGUGAUAAAGUACCAGCCAAUCAGCUCCUGCCAUGUUACAGGCUGUUUGAAAUAUGACAGAUAGGAGCUGAUUGGUUGUUUAUCACUCCCCACUUUAUCACUCCUCUAAGGCUUACUACACCCCUCCCCAACAUCUCCUUUCUGCAGAGUCCUUUAUUCAAAUCAGACUGGAACAAUGGUGCUCUUAUAGCAGGGACAGGCAUCCUGAUACCCUUUGGGGCUGCAUGGAAGGCCCUCUAACCUUUCAAAGGAUAGUUAAAGCAAUACUAUAGAAAACCCCUAUCUGUAAUAACUUUAGCACCUGUGCCUGUUGAUAUGUUAUCACAAACAGAUCUGACCCUAGAGCAGACAGGAUCUGGGGGCCGCAGGCGAGGUCUUGGAGAGCCCCUUUAUAGGCUAUAAUAAUCCAUAAAGAGUAUUCUAUGUCUUACCUGGUGUAAUAUUUUGCUUCAUAUUCCACUCUAAGCAUUACUGGUAUAUAUUAUGGUUAUUCUGUUAUUCCAGCUGACUGACCUGGCCAGAGAAGCUGUAUAGGUAAUAAUUGCGACCAGGGUGUGGGUGAGCUGACCAUUAAUUAAGGUGGAACAGCUAUUGAUAAAAAAAUAAAAAAAAAUCAGACAUCUAGGGUUUAUUACUGGCCUUGCUGAAAACGGACAAUGUACACGAAAACCAAAGCAACUAUACAUUUAGUGUCGGUGUAUAACUUGCAUUAGAGAGCUUGCACAUAGCAAGUAACCUUCAUUAGCACCUAAAUGAGUCGGGUUUCCAUAUAUAAUUUAAAUGUUUUUUUACCAUCAGAAUCUAAUCUUGUGGCUGUCCUGCACCUGUGACUGCAUAAAUUGCUGUCUUGUAGGACUUCUUUUCCGUGAAGUCUUUAGGUCACCUAGAUAACUAAUAGGAAAUAGUGUAUAUUUAAUGGUCCGCACAUGCAGCUCUCUAAAAGGAAGGCAUGUUGCCGUGGGUACUACCUGGGUACCACUUGUCGGCAAAUGCCAGCCCUUGCCCCAACAUUCCAACGUUACUCAGACCCCCCCACUUGUUGUUCUAUGUCCCACCCUCUCCUCCCUAUAUGCCUCUCCAAGGGGCCCAUUUAUCAAACAAUAUUUGCGGCUAUGUCCGCCAAAAACGCAACUUUUCGGAGGAUAGCCACAAAUAUUAAGUAGCCCUGGAUUGUAUAAAGGAGGGGCUACAGCAGAGAUCUCUGAUACCUGCUGCGAUCCCUCCAUUGCCGCCCGCAGCCGCAUCCCCCCCCCCAUAGGUUUCUAAGGAGGAUGCAGUACUGCAAGAUGCAUCAAUAUCGGGAAUGCAAUGCAUUUCCAGUAUUGUUCCCUGCACCUGGUAGCCUAUGGGCUCCACUUCGGUGGAUGUACAGUAGAUCUGGUAGGGUCCCCUAGGCCCUCUCUGCCGUUAAUUACCCCAGUGCAGAUCGGACACCUGCCCGCACAGGCCCUGACACUGCACUCGGCACAUUGCAGGGACAGGGUCCUUCCGGAGCCCCUAUCCCUGCCUGUGCUGGGUGAUAAAUUCACCCGAUCAGAUCGCAUAUUGCAAUGCGAUCCUGGGUGGUAAGAUACCGCCCAGAUCGCAUUCACUAUACCACAGGUUCUCAAACUCUGUCCUCCAUUACUCAACACAGUGCAUGUUUUGCAGGUAACCCAGCAGGUGCACAGGUGUAUUAAUUACUCGGACACAUUUUAAAAGGUCCACAGGUGGAGCUAAUUAUUUAACUUGUGAUUCUGUGAGGAGACCUGCAAAACAUGAUCUGUGUGGGGUAAUGAGGACCGAGUUUGAGAACCUGUACACUAUAUGAUCUAUGAUAAAUGGACUCCCAAAUGUCUAAAAACACUUUCCUGUGCAGGCAGAGUCUGCAUAUGGGAGGACGGAGUUGAGCACCAAUGACUGGCUAUGCUGCGUGACCUCUGUCCAGUGCACAACACAGAAGUAAACUGCUCCUAUUCAGUCUUAUUCAUUGCUUUGGUAUAAAGCAGAGAAUGUCAGAGCGUGACCCCUGUCCAGUGCACAACACAGAAGUAAACUGCUCCUAUUCAGUCUUAUUCAUUGCUUUGGUAUAAAGCAGAGAAUGUCAGAUUGAUGGCACAGAGCUGGGGACCAAAGUGAAGGCUUGACAGGCCACUGGCAGCCCACAAACCUGUUGUCCAGCACUGACCUAGACAAAGGGCGGGAUGUACUGUAGUCCAAGUUCGCACAACGUGCGGGAUGCCAACUGAACUCAGACGUUUUAUUAAAGGGAAAAUCAUUUACAAUGCAAAACCAUAUCUGUAUUAAAUGCAUCUGCCGUAUCCAUGAGCAAUGUAAAUAGAAAGGAAGACGGAAGCAAUAUAUUGUUAACAGCUUCAAUUAAGUGCAGGUACAAGUAAAUUAAUUGAAUUUGAAA